CAGCACUCUCACUCUCUGAGGAGCAUUUCCAUGUUUCUCCCUGGCGACUGGCGAGAAAACCCCAAUUCCAAUUCCAACCUCGUCUCUCGGCUUUGGGAUCACCUUCUCCUCCCUCUCCUUCCUCUUUCGCUCUCUUCGCGCUCUUUGCAGAACCCCAAAUCCCCAAACUCUACUCUCAUCGGCGCGAGCAUGGGGACGCUGGGGAAAGCGAUCUACACCGUCGGAUUCUGGAUUCGGGAAACCGGCCAGGCCAUCGAUCGGCUCGGAUGCCGCCUCCAGGGCAACUACUACUUCCAAGAACAAUUGUCAAGGCAUCGUACAUUGAUGAAUAUUUUUGACAAAGUACCACAAGUUGACAAGGAUGCCUUUGUGGCUCCAAGUGCAUCUGUCAUUGGUGACGUUCAAGUGGGUGGGGGAUCCUCAAUUUGGUAUGGAUGCGUAUUGAGAGGUGACGUGAACAGUAUCCGGGUGGGAUCUGGAACUAAUGUACAAGAUAAUUCACUUGUGCAUGUAGCAAAGUCUAAUAUAAGUGGGAAGGUCCUACCAACCAUCAUUGGGGAUAAUGUCACUGUAGGUCAUAGUGCUGUCUUACAUGGAUGUACUGUUGAGGAUGAGGCUUUUGUUGGUAUGGGUGCGAUCCUGCUUGAUGGGGUGGUGGUGGAAAAACAUGGCAUGGUCGCUGCUGGAGCCCUUGUAAGGCAAAAUACAAAGAUCCCAUGUGGGGAGGUAUGGGGAGGUAAUCCAGCAAAGUUCCUGAGGAAGCUCACAGAAGAAGAGAUUGCUUUCAUUUCCCAAUCAGCGACCAACUAUUCCAAUUUGGCCCAGGUGCAUGCUGCUGAGAAUGCUAAGACAUUCGAUGAGAUUGAGUUUGAGAAGGUGCUACGCAAGAAAUAUGCUCGCCGGGAUGAGGAGUAUGAUUCAAUGCUUGGAGUUGUUCGAGAAGUGCCUCCAGAACUUAUACUUCCAGACAACAUCCUACCCGACAAGUCUCCCAAGCCUUCUCAAUGAGUCAAGUUUGACAUAAUCGACCAUCUUUACCACAUUGUUUUUGUGGAUACUGUUUUCGGGUGGGAACGUCCAAGGAAUGUAAUGUUUUUUGUUUCUUGUCUCCUUCUCAAUAAUCUUUAGGUUGAGCUGUAAGGUCAGCCAAAUACCUUCUGGAUUAUCAGAUUUUCUCGUUCAGAUUUUAUCCGAGACCAUUCAUGUUGUUCAAAGAUUUGAUGCAGUGUAACAACUUUGAAUGGCCUUUGAAGUUCCAACAUGGUUUAGGAUUCUGAA